UUUUAGGACUGUCGCUGUCUAACUUAGGUGAUGUCUAUUGUAAGUUCUGUUUGCAUGGAAAUGGUUCAAUUUAUGUCUACAGGGCGUGUAAGUGUCGCGGGGUUAAUAUAAUGGAAAUAGCCCAAAUUUAUUACUUCGUGAGAAAAAGUGAGGUCCGUUAUUUGCAACCGUAUUUUCAAAGGAGCUCCGUUCCUUGACGGAUGCAGUCUUUCUAUGGGACGAUCAGAUAUACCAGUACAUCGAUCUCGAAGUGGACGAGGAAGAUUUUAUGUUGCGUACAUUGACACCGAAGUACAUAAACAAUAGCAAUCUGAGAAUUCUCAUGUAAGGUCAAUUUGAUCGAUGUAGCACAACGGGGUGAAAAGGAAAAAGUCUGCAACAUCACCAGUGUCACAUUUAACAGCGGUGAGAACAAUUUAAGCAGCGUGUGGAUAGGGCCUAUAUCAAAAUGUUCACAAGAACUCAAAUGAUGGAUCAUUUAACAAGAAACGCCAUUCCUUUACUUAGUCUGUUUCUCUGCGUAGUCUACUUACAACCGUUUACUGCAGAGCUCGUAACAGUCAAUACCAAAUAUGGGGCUCUUAGGGGAGAAAUGAUUUCCACGGACAACGGUAACAUCACGCGAUUUCUAGGCGUCCCCUAUGCUCAAGCCCCUAUCAAGUCCUACCGGUUCCUUCGACCAAGGGCACUUCUCAACUGGUCUCUGCCAAGAAACGCGACCAGCUUUGCUCCAAGCUGCCCCCAGAAUAUGGCCAAAACUUACAAACAGCUUGGCCGGUUUGGCGACGGGUAUUUGAAGGCCAGAGUUGUGCACAACGUCACAAACGAAGACUGCUUGUAUCUGAACAUGUACAUACCCGGGAGGGUGAGUGAAAAGAAAACACUGCCUGUAUUGGUGUAUAUUCACGAUGCCUCGGAGGGUUGGGACUCCGGGUUUGGAAUGAACUUUGAUGGGACACGGCUCGCACUGGGACAGCAACUGAUCGUUGUUAAUUUCAACUAUCGGCUAGGAAUCCUGGGUUUUCUUGCAGCAGGGAACGAAACCCACUGGGGAAAUUAUGGGAUGUGGGACCAGGUGGCAGCACUGAAGUGGGUCCAUGACAACAUCCACAGCUUCGGUGGAGACAACAGCAGGAUCACCAUCUUCGGUUAUGGAACAGGUGGAAUAAGCGUCGGCCUGCUUCUUUUAAGCAACGCCACCAAUGGUCUGUUUAAGAGAGCAAUUUCGCAGAGCGGCGUCGCUUUGCAUUUACCGGAGGAAAAAAUGAAGAAAAUGUUCUACGAACAUACUGCCUUUUUCUACAAAACGCUCAACUGCACGAGUGGAAACGCAACCCUGGUGUUGGGAUGCCUCCAAAACGUCCCCUUGGAAGUGCUGAUGGAAGCAUCUGAGCGUUAUUCGGCAAAGAUAAAUAAAGGAAAGCCGGGAGGAUUAUUUUUGCCAGUUGUUGACGGAGAACUUAUAGGUGACCACCCGUUUCGUCUGCUGUCAUCCGGGAAAUUCCAUCGUGGCGUCCCAUACAUGGUUGGUGGCGUAAGUGGCGGUACCCUACGAGGAUUCGAACAACUCUCCUUGAAGCAAAUUCAAAACGGAACAAGCAAACAAGAGUUCUCAAAUCUAAUUCAGAGCAGUUUCUCAGAGGGGUUCGGAGAAGAAAAAGCAACUUUACAGCUUAUUAGUCAUGAAUACAAUGAUGAAAGAGACGACCCAAUUGUACUAAGAGAACUAUUUCUGAGAUUGCAUUCGGAUAAUUUUUGGUCUUCGAUAUAUCAAACGGCCGAUUUUUACAGUAGAUUUGGGGAUAUAUACAUAAGCAUAUUUUCCCAUAAACCAAGUUAUUCUUCUUAUCCGGAUUUUGUUGAAGCCAUGCCGGGGGAAGACAUCUUAUUUGCGUUUGGAGACGUUACAGACGACGCGCUGGGCCUUAAUUGCACGUUGGUUGAAAAAUUCCUAAGUGGCAGUGAAAUCCAACCGACAAUAAGAAUGUUUGCUAGCUCCAAUACAAGUCGUGAUGACUUUUUGGGACCGUGGCGCCCGUACACGCCUCUGCACAGAAACUACGUGAAGAUUACCACUGCCACCAACGGUGACUUUCUGAACACCAACUACAGGCGCCGAGCCAUGCGUUUCUGGAUUUCUAUCGUGCCUGAGGUUGUUGCCCUUGGCAACCGUAAAGAACGCGUCGAAGUAUAUGUGGAUCCACCUGGGGAAAUUUUGCGAGUAGGAGAAUUAAACCUGACGGCAAAAGAAGCCCACAUUGCUCUCUACGUCCUGGGUGUGAGUGCUGGAAUCCUGCUCGUCCUGUGUGUCAUAUUGCUGUGGAUAGUGUGCCUCCUCUCCUUCUCCUGCUGCCAGUGCUGCGCAUGCUGCUGGUACAAGGACCUUCCGCGAGGAAAAGGAAACCGAAGCGUGAACCACGAGAUCCAGACGUUCGACGCGACCAACGGAGUGAGAAACAAAUAUGAUAGUGAAUCAUCGACCACUUUUUGAUUGUAAAUUAGAAAUAUACUUUACUUAGAGACUAAGUAAGAUCAGUCUGAUUGUUUAUAUAGAGUGAAUUAUUUAGAGCUUAUAUACACGGGUUUAAGUUACAAGUUUGUGUUAUCUCAAUAGUUAAGUUAUUCAAGGGAUA